AUGACUAACGAAGAAUUGUUGCAAUCUCAAAUUAAGAAGCUCGCCGUACUGAAAUCUACACGGGAAAAGUUAUUUGCUCAAGUUCAAAACUGUUAUGACUCCGUGAAGAGAACCACCGUUGAUACAGCUCUUCAGUUCAAGCCUCGGUACGAAAAACUAGAGGUUAUUGAGAUAGAAAUGGAUAAGACUCAGAAUGCAAUUAUUCAGCUAAAUGCAGAUUUAUUGGAUAAUCGCCAUGCUCUCGAAGUCUGUAAGGUGCAAACAGCUUUCGAUGAUUUAGUAUUUAACACACGUGGUCGUUAUUUAGACCUGGUGAAGACACAACCUCCGCAGCAAACCAGCAGUAAUUCGGUCGCCAACAGCAACCAGCAUUUGCCCAGAAUAAAUAUCCCUACGUUCACCGGUCGCAUCGAAGAAUGGUCGGCGUUUUUCUCACUGUUCGAUUCGGUUGUCCACAAAAACGAUGCGUUAUCAGAAGCGGAAAAAUUCCAGUAUUUGCGCUCUUAUCUGCGAGAUGACGCAUUAACAGUCAUUGCCAAUUUUCAUUUAACCCCCGAAAAUUACGCACUGGCGUAUGAGGCAUUGCAACUUCGCUACCAGAAUAAAAGACGGUUGGCGACUCACUACGUCAAUCAAAUUCUAGGUUUUACUCCUUUAUCAUCCCCAAGUUCUAGCAGUUUGAGACAUUUUUUGAAUAUUCAUUCGAAUUCCAUUAAUGCUCUUAAGGCUUUGAAUCUUCAAGACCUUGGUGAUUUUUUGCUGUUUCAAUUAUCGUUUGCAAAUUUGGAUCCUGUAUCUAGAAAAGCUUUUGAGAAUAGGCAAAGUUCAAAUUCCGUUCCCAGCUAUCAGGCGUUAAUUGAUUUCAUAACGGAUCAGAAUCGAACGUACGAACUUCUCUCUCAGGACACAAAAUCACCGAAAUGUAAAUCUCUAUCAGUUAAGUCAUUCCGUGCUUCACUCAUGACAAAUGCCAAAUCCGAUGCCUCCUCUACGUGCUCUGUCCCGUGCGUGCUCUGCAAAGGUUCACAUCCCUUUCCCCAGUAG